CUCACGCAACAGAUUGCCAAUGCCAUUCAGCAGAUUCUUGAGCCUCAGGGGGUUGGUGUGAUCAUGGAAGCAAGCCACAUGUGCAUGGUCACACGAGGCACUCAAAAAUUCGCCGCCAUGACGACAACCUGCUGUAUGACCGGCGUAUUGCAGCGUGACGGCAGGGCCAGGGAUAACUUCUACUUCCUUCUCAAUCGGCGAUAA